CAUAAAGCGGCUGUAGUGAGUGUGGUCCACUGUUCUCUAGGAAGCCUGGGGAGCAGUGGGGCAGCCAUGGAGCUGCUGGGUGGGACUGGCCUGUGGCCUGUGGCCAUCUUCACGGUCAUCUUCAUAUUGCUGGUAGACCUGAUGCAUCGGCGCCAGCGCUGGACUGCGGGCUACCCACCAGGCCCUGUGCCAUGGCCUGUCCUAGGUAACCUGCUGCAGGUGGACUUAGAGAACAUGCCAUACAGCUUGUACAAGCUUCAAAACCGCUAUGGUGAAGUGUUCAGCCUGCAGAUGGCCUGGAGGCCAAUGGUUGUGGUCAAUGGACUGAAGGCCGUGAAGGAAGUGUUGGUGACCUGUGGAGAGGACACUGCUGACCGCCCUGAGCUGCCCAUCUUUCAGCAAAAUGGCUAUGGACCCAAAGCUAAAGGUGUGGUUUUUGCACCUUACGGGCCCGAGUGGCGAGAGCAGCGGAGAUUCUCUGUGUCCACCCUGCGCAACUUCGGCCUGGGCAGGAAAUCUCUGGAGCAGUGGGUGACUGAGGAGGCUGGCCACCUCUGUGACGCCUUCAGCGACCAUGCUGGGAGCCCUGUCAGUCCCUACAAGCUCCUGAACAAAGCUGUGUGCAACGUGAUCGCAUCCCUCAUUUAUGCCCAUCGCUUUGACUAUGGAGACCCUUACUUCAUCAAGAUGCUGAAAAUAAUGGAAGACAGUAUGGAAGAGAGUAAGGGCUUGCUUCCUGAGGUUCUGAACACGUUCCCAGUUCUCCUGCGCAUCCCAGGGCUGUUCGACAAGGUCUUCCCUGGGCAAAAGUCAUUCAUGAGCAUGGUGGACAAGCUGAUAACUGAACACAAGAGGACUUGGGACCCUGACCAGCCAGCUCGAGACCUGACUGACGCCUUCCUGGCUGAAAUGGAAAAGGCCAAUGGGAACCCUGAGAGCAGCUUCAAUGACACAAAUUUACGACUGGUUGUCGCUGACCUGUUUGGAGCUGGAAUUGUGACCACAUCAGUCACCCUGACCUGGGCCCUGCUGCUCAUGAUCCUGCACCCGGAUGUGCAGCGUCGAGUGCAACAUGAGAUCGAUGAAGUCAUAGGGCAGGUGCGGCAUCCAGAGAUGGCAGACCAGGCCCGCAUGCCCUACACCAAUGCUGUGGUCCAUGAGGUGCAGCGCUUUGCAGACAUUGCCCCAAUGAAUGCGCCACAUCUGACCUCUCGUGACGUCGAAGUGCAGGGCUUCCGCAUCCCCAAGGGGACGAUGCUCAUCCCCAACCUGUCCUCCGUGCUGAAGGACGAGACUGUGUGGGAAAAGCCCCUCCAGUUCUAUCCUGAACACUUCCUGGAUGCCCAGGGCCACUUUGUGAAGCAUGAGGCCUUCAUGCCAUUCUCAGCAGGCCGUCGAGCAUGCCUGGGGGAGCCCCUGGCCCGCAUGGAGCUCUUCCUGUUCUUCACCUGCCUCCUGCAGCACUUUAGCUUCUUGGUUCCCGAGGGACAGCCUCGGCCCAGUGAUUAUGGCAAUAUGAAGGCUUUGCCAGUUACUCCAAUGCCCUACCAACUCUGUGCAGUUGUGCGCUAGCAUAGCCAGUAGCUCCCUCCUGCCCCCAGAUUGGGCUGAUUCAUGCUCAAUAAACAACUUCUUUAGCCUCAA